GUUUAAAGGAGAUCAUUUCUGCACCUGAAAUGAAAUUAAGGGAGUAUCUUGUCAUUUUGACUCAUUGCUGCUCUUGGAUUAUCAUCUUAUCUGGUGGAACGAUUGUUUUUAUCUGUUAGGUGCCGGUCAGAUGAGAGGAAGGGGUGGUCCUGGACGUAUCGGGCUCCGUCGAGGCAUGCGUCAGCGUGGAGGAGGCACAGGACGAGGUGCUCUGGGUGGCCGAGGAGCAGCACGAGGAGCACCUGGAGGAAGAGGCCGCGGGGGACUGAGAGGUCGUGGAGGGUUUGCAGGAAGGGGUCGUGGACGCGGCAGAGGCCGAGGAGCAGGCCGUCCCGUCGUCACACGUGAGCAGUUGGACAACCAGCUUGAUGCUUACAUGUCCAAGACCAAGGGCCAUCUGGAUGCCGAGCUGGAUGCGUAUAUGGCCCAGGCAGACCCUGAGAGCAUGGAGUAACCACAGCCAAGCUGACAGAGAGACAGCAGCUCCCCAAAGAUCUGCAGAUAAUAGACUGAUUGACAAGAUACACAUUCAGUACCAUUAAAGCUGUUGCUCUUGGACACUCCCCGAGAAGACACUUUAAACUUGAAAGUUGUACAAAGUUAUGGUUCCAUCCCCGCUAUCUUCAAAGAUUUGUGAGUCGCCACUCGCGUUUUCUAAACUGAACUCUGUACCAUCACACAAGCCUACCACAGUUCUAAAACACAAGUCCUCUUAGAAAACGUUUGGCAGUAAAGUGAAGGGGAAAAAACAUGUUUUCCUUUGAACUAUAAUAAUAGAGAUUGUGCUUGUAAUUAGGGCUGCACGAUAAAUCGCAUGAGAUAUUUAACGCGCAUCUCGUCAGUAAAGCCA